AUGGUCAGCGCGCGGACUCUCCUCCUCGCGGUCACCUGCUGGUGCGCAUACCUGUGGCUGGCUCGAGCUGAGGACUCCUCGAUGGAGACGCGCUCGUUGGAUUUCUCCCUGAAAACCCAGCAGGAGAAAGAUCUGAUCGACGCUUUACAAGAAGUUUUGGAAAAGCUAAGGAGCAAAGAGAUGCCCUUGGAGAAGAAGCUUGGCUGGUUGCCUUCGUGUGAUGCUGGGGAGCCGUGCGCCGUGCGUAAAGGUGCCCGUAUUGGCACUCUGUGCGGCUGUCCUCGAGGGACUUCCUGCAACUUCUACGUCCUCAAAUGUUUAUAAAAGAGGGGAAAAAGGUUGCACGAUCUAACGAUGGAUGUAAGCCAUGACAGGAAAUCUCGCCUCCGUCGUUUUUCAAAUACCCUUUAAUAUAAUUUAAAAUGUGCUUUUAUUUGUUUUUAAUAACUGUUAAAAUGAUGUAUGUGCUAUUUGUUAACUAUUUGUUAACGUGUCGCAGGAGAGUACUUUAAUAUGUGUAAGAUUUCAGCCUCACUAGAGACACUUAAAGUUUUUGUCAUAAAUUAUUUGUUAUUCUUAUUUCAUGUUUUGAUUUUAGUUUUUUUCGUGUAUAUUUGUGAAAAUUUUUUGUCUGUAUCUGGUAUGAAUAGAUUUGUAUG